CCUAGCCACUGUUACUGUAGUAGACCACCGCGUGGUAGUGGACAGUGACAGUGGUAGUGGAGUCGGUGCUCAGCUGUGCGGUAGUCUACAAGUGUUGUGGUAGCUUGGUGUUAUACACAUGGACCACUGAAGUUUGUUUACUAUUCGAGGAGGUGACACAUUAUAAAGGAUGGCAGCUGAACAGUCUAUCAGUUAUAGAAAUCUUUACUUGAGCGCCUUAAUAAUCAACAUCGUGUACUUCGGUGUGGGCGAGAGCAAUGUGUGGACUUCUCCCGCUAUUCCCCGCCUGCGAGAAGCAGGGAGUCGCCUCUCGGGAGCCGCUGCGGGGCUUGACGAGGCUUGGCUCGUGUCAUGCUUUGCCAUUGGUCAAGUCCUCGGACCUCUCAUCAGCGGAUGUCUUCUGGACUCCCUGGGUCGCAAGCCUACCACCUUCCUCAUCAUACUGUUCCUACUCAUCAGCUGUGCUCUGCUGGCCGUAGCCUCUAGCGCUCAGGUUCUCUACUGUGCCAGGGUGAUUGGAGGCUUCUCCUUUGGCAUGAGUGUGUCUGCUUUGCCAGUGUAUAUUGCUGAACUAUCAGAUCCCCACAUACGAGGGACCCUAGCCUCUCUACCGUUGGCAUCUCGGUCCCUAGGCUACUUCACCAUGUAUGCAGUAGGGCCGCAAGUAAGCUACGUGGGGCUGGCCAUAGUCAGUGUUGCUGCUCCGCUCGUUGCACUCUUAAUAUUCUUCCUCUUACCAGAGUCGCCAUACCUGCUGCUGGCCAGAGGAAAGGUAGACAGAGCCACUCAGACCAUCCAGUGGCUCAGACGAGGGGCGUCUAAGGAGACGGUUCAAGCAGAAGUUAAUUUGAUACAGAAAGCUGUAGAAGAGAUGAAGAUGAGCAAGAGAGGUUUUCGAGACCUGUUCUCAAACAGAGCGAGUAUCCGAGCCUUGUAUAUCAGCUGCGGACUGUUGUUUUUCCUUCAGAUGUCUGGCGUCCCUGUGAUCAUGUCAAUCACUGAAUCAUUAUUUGAUCUAGCUGAGGUGGAUAUCCCAACAAAGUUGUGCACACUAGUGUUCGGAGGAUUGAUGUUGAUUGUAGGACUAAUGGGUCCAACAGUCACUCGCCAUUUUGGUUACAAGAAACCUCUUCUCAUAUCUGCCCUUGGCAGCUGUCUAUCCCUGGUAGUGUUUGGUACUCACUUUUACCUCAUCAGUCUCGGACACGACAUGAAAAACUUCAGUUUAGUCCCUCUGGUGAGCUUGGUGGCUUACAUCAGCUUCUAUUCUCUAGGUUUCUCCAACAGUGCGUUUGCUGUAGUAGGAGAGUUAUUUGCGCCCAAUGUGAAAGCUCUUGGGACAUCUCUCACCAACAGCAUAGGCUUUGCUUGUGCCUUGCUCUCCAUCCAGAUAUACUACGCAGUCAAGUCCACCUUCGGUAUCCACUUUGGCAUCUGGAGUUUCGCCUUGACAAACGCCUUUGCUGUGCCUUUCACAUACUUCUUUGUUCCCAACACAAGUGACAAAAGUCUUGUAGAGAUUCAAGAAAUGCUCAGUAGACCGUGGUUUGACAAAAAGAACAAGAUUGCUCCAGUGGAGAAGUACACGAUGAAAGAAGUGUAUUGACUUUACCAAACGUAGGGUAACAAUGACAGAGUUUGAGUUAGUGACUUGAAGUGCUUUGCUGUGAUCAACUUUGAACUGUAAAUAUGUUGUACAUACUGAUUUAGAUGUAGUUAUUGUAACAGUAAUUUGAAUGUACCAGUGAGAAAUGAAGUAUUCCUUAGUUGUAGGACAUUUGUACAGUUUUUCAUAAAAAAACAUGAUAUUUAAAAUGUA